CACAAGCAGUGAGUAGACGGAGAGAGCAGAGAGCAGCUUUGCACCACUUUUACCAGGACUGUACCAUGAAAGCCUCAUUUCAGGCUCGGCAGCAGCCGCCGUGGCGCCAGCUCGCACAGUAAAGGCGAGGAUGAAAAAACGCCUUGAUCUGCAGGAAUUAGGUGAAAGUGGGGAUUUACCCGCGAGUGGAAGUGGCGGAGAAGAUACACGGAGGAGCGGGAGGAAUAACGAAACUCGGUGUUAUUUGUUUUGAUAAUGCCGAGGAGCCAGUGUCUGCUUCGGAUUUACGUCCAAAACAAGUCUGAAGCCAGAGGAUGACAGCAGCCAGUCCAGUCUGCAGCCCCGCUUGCUCCCGCUCUACCCAGUCCUCACCUGUCUGCUUCCCAGCAUGCCACCGACACCCGAGAGAAGGCGAGGGCCUCAAGACCAAACUGCACCUGCACUCUGCCCCAGGUGUGUGGCUUCUGCUGGGUGUAAUGGUUGUUCUGGUGGGGAUGAGCGUGGCAGUGGCGGGCUACGUAUCCGCAGCACCAAAGUCUGUGGACGGCAGCCGCAAAACCCCCGCUGAGAGGAUGAAACUGACCGGGCCCGUGAUCAUGGGAGUGGGUCUGUUCAUCUUCAUCUGCGCCGCCACGCUGCUGUACGAGAACCGGGACCGCGACGUCCUCAGACGUGAGACACCCGAUGACCUCGAGGAUCUGAAGGGAGGGAACGGCUGGGAGGAUUUGCAGGAGCAGCCCAGCUUCGGCUGCCAUGAGCAGUGGGAGUGUAAAGAUGGAGAGCAGGGGUCCUGGGCCACUCCAGACCACACACUCCCCCUCUCAAACCAGAACCCGGGCCCUCCUCUUCCUUCUUCUCUGCCUAGCACCAACAGAAACAACAUCAGCAGCAGACCACCACUGCUGCCUCCUCCAGAUGCAGGAGGCGGAGAUGAGGAGAAGGUGGACAGAAAGGAGGAGGAGAAGCGGGGCAAGUUAACCGCGCCGGCCUAAGUCCUGCAUCACAGGGAGCCGACUCCUCAACCUCCUUCCCCCUGCUUGUCCAUCUCUCACUCCUCCGUCUACUCAGACCCCUGCAGCUCUAGUGAGAUCCACUUCAACACUCGGACAGACUCUUCUCUGCGGCCUCGACACUGAACCUCCUACUGGUUCAACUUCUGCUGUCUCAUAAAAUAUGCAUGAUGAGAUGCAUUUUAAAGUUUCACGUGCAGAAACACAGUAAAGACAAGACUAUGCAUUCCUCAAUACACAGAUUAAAUGUUUGUCAGUAUGUUUUAGUGCCUCCGAGUGGAGCAGAGGCUCUGAGUCACUGUCUAUGAAGGAUGUUUUUGUCCUACAUCGUUCUCUGACUCACCCACAUUUGAAAGGUUGGCUCUAUGCUGUUUGAUGUCAACUCACCAUGUUGUUGUCUUUGAACUCACCCAUGCCCAAAAGUCCUUAAACCCACCACUUGUUUGACCAUAUUUGGACAUGAGGAGGAUUGCUGAAAAGUUAUUUGGGUGCCAUACUCGGUCUUGGCUUUCUCUAUCUCACACAAACACACACACGCACGCACGCACGCACACUAGCACGCACGGACGCGUGCACACACACACACACACACACACACACACACACACACACACACACACACACACACACACACACAUCCCUGCAGAGUCAACAUUUCCUUGCUGGAGAGGUUCAGUUAAGAGGAUGAGCCAGAUUAGGUCUCAAAUGAGUCUUUAUCUAAUCUCACACAUACUGUAAUCUACUCUUUGUCUGAGGAAAUUGUGUCUCGGUAUAAACAGGAGAAGCACGAGGCCACACUCCGCUCACUGGACACCUACAGCCAAGCUAUAAAUACCAGCCGGUGCUUUGUACACAUGCAAUUGUGGGACUCGAGUUCUAAAUUUUUUUUAUUGUAAUUCAACUUUUUGAAAUUAUUAUUUACAGCAUCAGCUGCUCUCCUUUCUCGAGGGUGGUGAGGUGAGAUUUUAAAGAAUUUGGAUAGACUUAAAAAAAAGAAAGAAGCCCAAUCUGGUGAGGCUGGUAUGAGUUAUUCCUGAUUCAUCUGAACUGAGAAAAGUGGUCCUGUGAGUCAAGUAACCGAAGCCUCAUUCUCCCACCAUCCCGACCUUUCAUCUCCUCUCUCUUUAUCAUCUGAUUCCUACGCUUUAUUCAAAUCCUCCAUCCUCCGUUUCAAUCCUUGGCGUCUGCAAAACAGCAAAAUAAAGAAAAUAGGGCAACACAAUGCAGAGAAAAUGUUAGCAGUCGGAGAGGUAGGGGGUAGGUUUUUAAUUAUUGCCAAAAUUUUCUCCCGCAGCCUCUAAUCACACCGGGGAUCAGUCUGAAGGUUUUCGUAGGUGCUUAAGGACUGUAGAUUAUUUCCUUGUUGUUUGGGCCCAUGCUGGAGUCCUGCCAUCCAAAUGAAGCCUGAGAUUUUAAGUAAUUUGCAGCCACACAUUUCACUCACUAAAAACAGCACACUUCUCUUUCUCUCACACAAGCUCAGCCGAGGGUUUUGUGUAGGUACAGUAUGCUGUUUUAAGAUGUAUAUUUCAGUAGUGGGGAUGAGUUGGGAAGAUGCGACUGAAUCUUGACUGGCUCUUGCAACGAGCUGCAAGCAGCCUCCUUCGCACUUGCGGCUCAGAAAAGCAGCUCCCUCCUCAUCCCUCACACAUACACCAGUCCUUCUCAGUGUCAGAUGCUGUGAUGUGUUUACGUUUAGAAGGAAAAUGCUGGAUUGUAGAGCUGCAACUAAUUAUUACUUUCAUUACUGAUUAAUCUGCUGAUUAUAUUCCUUAUUAUUGUCAAUUUUUUUUUCGUCUACACCAGC